GUCAUUUGCAUCUCAACCCCCCAAAAGCCCCCCCAAAACCCGUUUUCCAAACAAUACAACCACACAUCUCCCUCCUCUCUCGCUUUCUGACCGACUGCCUUUCUGGCUGCUACUGCCGCUGGUUUGUGCUGUCGCUGUUCCUUUCUCCUUGCAUCAUCGCCCUGCAAGACCUGCGAUAUGUCAUUCUAGCAGCCUUUCCACAUCCGCACACCGUCAUUUCAUCCCACCCGCCUUGUUUGUGUGUGUCCUUUCAACACAACCCCCCCGUUGCCGAGCUGCGGCUGCCGAGUGCCUCGCAACCACAAACCCCCCUAUCUCGCAGCAUCUUGUCCCGAUCGCAACCUCACGACCCCGGCUUCGACCUCGCUUGGUCUGAAAUACCGUCACCAUGUCUGGCGCGAACAACAGUAUCAAGGUCGUCGCCCGAUUCCGUCCACAGAACAAAGUGGAACUGGCGUCGGGCGGCCAGCCUAUUGUCUCCUUCAGCAGCGAGGAAACAUGUACCCUCGACUCCAAGGAGGCCCAGGGCUCCUUUACCUUCGACCGUGUCUUCGACAUGGAAUGUAAGCAGUCCGAUAUUUUCGACUUUUCCAUCCGAUCGACUGUCGACGAUAUUCUCAAUGGUUACAACGGAACCGUCUUUGCCUAUGGUCAGACAGGUGCCGGAAAAUCCUACACCAUGAUGGGUUCCAGCAUCGACGACGAGGAGGGCCGAGGUAUUAUCCCCCGUAUCGUCGAACAAAUCUUCGCCAGUAUCAUGUCUAGUCCCAGCACUAUCGAGUACACGGUUCGAGUCAGUUAUAUGGAAAUCUACAUGGAGAGGAUUCGCGAUUUGCUUGCGCCCCAAAACGACAACCUUCCCGUCCACGAAGAAAAGAAUCGCGGUGUCUACGUCAAGGGCCUUCUCGAGGUCUAUGUUUCCAGCGUCCAGGAAGUAUACGAGGUUAUGAGAAGAGGUGGAAACGCCCGAGCCGUUUCUGCAACCAACAUGAACCAGGAAUCUUCCCGUUCGCAUUCCAUCUUCGUCGUUACCAUUACCCAAAAGAAUGUCGAGACCGGAUCGGCAAAGAGUGGUCAGCUUUUCCUGGUCGAUUUGGCCGGUAGCGAAAAGGUUGGAAAGACCGGCGCCAGUGGUCAGACGCUGGAGGAAGCAAAGAAGAUCAACAAGAGUUUGAGUGCUCUCGGAAUGGUCAUCAACGCCUUGACCGACGGCAGAUCAUCCCACGUCCCCUACCGCGAUUCCAAAUUGACCCGUAUUCUCCAAGAAUCUCUGGGAGGUAACAGUCGGACAACACUCAUCAUUAAUUGCUCUCCCAGUAGUUACAACGACGCUGAAACCCUCGGCACCCUCCGAUUCGGUACUCGUGCAAAGGCUAUCAAGAACAAGGCCAAGAUCAACGCCGAGCUCAGUCCCUCCGAACUCAAGGCACUGCUCGGCAAGGCCAGAGGCCAAAUUUCGACUUUCGAAACGUAUCUCUCAAAUUUGGAAGGCGAAGUUCAGCUCUGGCGUGCCGGAGAGGCCGUUCCCAAGGACAGAUGGGUGGCCCCCUUGUCCGCAGAUGGCGUAGCCGGGACCAAAGCCGAAGCAAAGGCGCCUCGUCCUUCAACACCAUCCCGCCUCCUACCCGACAGCAGAUCCGAGACCCCAGCCAUCUCCGAGCGAUCAGGAACACCAAGCUUACCACUCGACAAGGAUGAGCGCGACGAAUUCCUGCGCCGCGAGAAUGAGCUCCAGGACCAGAUUGCCGAGAAGGAGUCUCAGUACAACGCAGCAGAAAAGACUCUUCGGGAGACCAAGGAGGAGCUUGCCUACCUCAAGGAGCACGAUGCGAAGACUGGGAAGGAAAAUGAGAAGCUGAAUGGGGAGGUGAACGAGGUCAAGAUGCAGAUUGAGCGACUUACCUUUGAGGGCAAGGAGGCGCAGAUCACCAUGGACGCGCUCAAGGAGCAAAAUGCCGAGCUGACUGCGGAGCUAGACGAGGUCAAGCAGCAGCUUCUGGACGUGAAGAUGAGCGCCAAGGAAACAAGUGCCGUCCUCGAUGAGAAGGAGAAGAAGAAGGCUGAGAAGAUGGCCAAGAUGAUGGCUGGCUUCGACCUCGGCGCCGAUGUGUUCAGCGACAACGAGAAGGCCAUCUCGGAGGCUAUUUCCCAACUGGAGGCCCUUCACGAGGUCAGCUCCACUGGCGAAGUUGUCAACCCAGAUGAGCUUCAGGCUCUCAAGUCGCGCUUCGUCGAGAUCCAAGGAAUCGUCAGACAAGCUGAGCUGUCUGUCUACAGUGCUUCCUCGAGCGAAGCCGAUGCCCGCCGCAGAGCCGAGCUCGAAGACCGCCUCUCGGCUCUCCAGCAGGAGUACGAGGAGCUCCUGACCCGCAACCUCGGAGAGAACGAUGUUGAGGAGAUUAAAGCUCGCCUGGAGAGUGCCUACUCCAACAAGCAAACAACGUCCAUGGAGCUUGUUGAUGAGCUCAAGGCUGAGAUUGCCCAGAAGGCUGCCGAGAACUCCAAGAUGAAGACCCUUAUCGAGGAUCUCCAACAGAGAGUCAAGGCUGGUACCGCUGCGCCCAUGGCGAACGGCAAGUCGAUUCAGCAACAGAUUGCGGAAUUCGACAUUAUGAAGAAGAGCCUUAUGCGCGAUCUUCAGAACCGUUGCGAACGUGUGGUUGAGCUCGAAAUCUCGCUUGACGAGACAAGAGAGCAGUAUAACAACGUGCUCCGCUCAUCCAACAACCGGGCCCAACAGAAGAAGAUGGCCUUCCUGGAGAGGAACCUUGAGCAGCUUACUCAGGUUCAGCGCCAGCUCGUCGAGCAGAACUCGGCACUGAAGAAGGAGGUGGCCAUUGCUGAGCGUAAACUCAUUGCUCGUAACGAGCGCAUCCAGAGCUUGGAGAGCCUGCUACAGGAUAGCCAGGAGAAGAUGGCUUCUGCGAACCACAAAUUUGAGGUUCAGCUUGCUGCUGUCAAGGAGAGGCUGGAGGCAGCCAAGGCUGGCAGCACUCGCGGCCUGAACUCUCCCUCGCUGGGCGGCUUCAGCUUCUCUGGUGCUGGCAGCCGCAUCGCCAAACCCCUCCGUGGUGGUGGUGCUGAUAACCAGGGACCUUCCAUCCCUGUCAUCAACAGCAUCCAGCAGAACGAGGGCAGUGCCGGGAAGCGAAGCAGUUGGUUCUUCUCUCAGAAGUCUUAGGUUGCAUACCGCAUGCCCUGUUAUACCCUUGAUCCUUUGGGGCACCCUGACGUCGAGAGACCGUACAGGGAAGUACGCCCUAACCCUUUGAAUAGACACACCACAACGUACAAGUUAGAUCACAGCUUGGUGCGGACUAGACCGCUAUACCCCCCACUGUGUUGAUCCUGGCGGCGGCAAGAUCCCCUUGCUCUUCACAGAGGCCUUUCUUCACCUUGGUUUUCCUUGGUCAGUAUACUGGAAAAGAAGACGACGAAAUUCGCAAAAGAUUCACAUGCAAGCUCGAGCACAAAUUACGGAACCGGGAAAGAAGAGGUUUCCCUCUCUCUUUUGAUGUUGAAUUUUGUUCUUCCUCCUGUUUCUUUUGUUUGGGCGGGUUUGCAUUGCUGUUGGAUUCUGGCUUGACAAGCAAGUUUCUGGGCGGUCUUUUGUCAUUGUCGGUCAAGAAAGGAGGAUUUUGGUGGCCGUGGGAGGGAGGAGGGUCGAAGGGAAAUGAUGAGAUCCCUUUUUUGUGUUUGAGGGUGGACGACCGACACCACGAGAACAUACAGGAUGGAUGAGAAGAGCGGCUGACGAGGCAAAACUUUUUUGCCUUUUCCCCGCCGUUGCUGCAUUGUCUGGGGAGUUGGUAUUGUUCACGAAAGGACCUCACUACUUACGAAACCCAAG